AGCUCCCAGUACGUACAGUGUGUUGCUGGAUGUCUGCAGCUCAUGCUCAGGGUCAAUGAAUAUCGCUUUGCGUGGGUAGAAGCAGAUGGAGUGAGCUGUAUCAUGGGGGUCUUGAGCAACAAAUGUGGCUUCCAACUCCAGUACCAGAUGAUUUUCUCUGUGUGGUUGCUGGCAUUUAGUCCUCAAAUGUGCGAAUAUCUCCGUCGAUACAAUAUUGUUCCAGUGCUGUCAGAUAUUCUUCAGGAGUCAGUCAAGGAGAAAGUCACUAGAAUCAUCCUUGCAGCGUUUCGGAAUCUCUUGGAGAAAUCUGCAGAGAGAGAAACUCGCCAAGAGUAUGCUCUUGCUAUGAUUCAGUGUAAAGUUUUAAAGCAACUAGAGAACUUGGAUCAGCAGAAAUAUGAUGAUGAAGACAUCAGCGAAGAUAUCAAAUUUCUACUGGAGAAGCUUGGUGAGAGUGUACAAGAUCUUAGCUCAUUCGAUGAGUACAGUUCUGAGCUCAAGUCAGGAAGGCUGGAGUGGAGUCCUGUACACAAGUCUGAGAAGUUUUGGCGUGAGAAUGCUGUGAGAUUGAAUGAGAAGAACUAUGAACUUCUCAAAAUCCUGACAAAACUUCUGGAGGUUUCUGAUGACCCACAAGUGCUGGCUGUAGCUGCUCAUGAUGUGGGAGAAUAUGUACGGCACUAUCCCCGAGGAAAACGAGUUAUUGAACAACUUGGUGGCAAACAGCUAGUAAUGAACCAUAUGCAUCAUGAAGACCAGCAAGUUCGUUAUAAUGCACUACUGGCUGUUCAGAAGCUGAUGGUUCACAACUGGGAAUACCUUGGGAAGCAGUUGCAGUCAGAACAACCUCAAACAGCCACUGCGCGGAGCUAAAUACUUCAUCCAGAGCAUCAUAGUUCGUUCUUUAUGCUUACAACUGGAAUAUGUUUGUCCU